ACGAACACUGUGGUCAUUGACAGAGGUCUCAAGAACCCUAAAUUCCAAAAUUAAACCUCCUAUAAAUGGAAAGCGAGUAAAACCAUUUUCCAUUGAUUUGGACUUGGAUAACCACCAUUCUUACGUGUCACCAGCUGUUUCCAAUCAUUAUCACCCGUCCCCACAAACCCUCUUCCACAAAUCAUCGCGAAACACAAAUCAUUUUCAUUAAGAAACAAAGGAAUCAAUUAUCCACUCAAUCUCUUUCUCUCUCUCUGCAAGUUGUAUAUACACAUGUGUAUUUAGGGCUUUUGGAAUAAGCAAAAACCUUGAAGGAUUGUAUAUACAGAGUAGGCAGAGGGAGAGAGAGAGAGAGAGAGAGAUGAUGGCGGAUUCUGAGAAACAGGUUGGUGCGGCGGUGGCGAUGGUGGUUGAGGAGGAGGAGAAAGAGCGAUUGAUUGAGCGGGUGCCGGUGUUGGAUUUUGAUAUAUUAUGUUCGACGGUAGCGAUGAAGACGAAUCAGGGGAAAUGGAAUAAAUUGGAAGAGAAUUACGAAGAAGAUGGUGGAGAAUUUGGAGGAGGUGUUUUCAGGAUGUGGGAAGGCGAUCUUCUUGACUGUUAUGAUGAUCGUAGAUUGGUUCUUCAAUCAUCCUUUUGCCCAUGGUAUCGAUUUGGAGAAAACAUGAGACUUGCUGGUUUUGGUUCUUGCUUUCUUCAGGGAUUCAUGUAUGCAAUCCUAGCUGGAAUUGCUGUUUGCAACAUUGUAGCAUUUGCAGUCACAAAGAAGCAUUGUUUCUUGUAUCUUGGAGUAUUUUUUGCACUCUCCCUAGGAACUUAUAUGGGAUUUUAUCGCUCCAAAAUGAGAAACAAGUUCAAUAUCAAGGGUAGUGAUGGUUCUUUAGAUGAUUGUGUAUCCCAUCUCAUUUGCCCUUGUUGCACCUUGGCUCAGGAAUCAAGGACAUUGGAAAUGAACAAUGUUCAAGAUGGGACUUGGCAUGGUAGAGGGGACACAAUGUGUAUAGGAACAUAUGUUGAAGGUGUCAAAGCCUUUGAGCUUAUACCUCCUACAAUUAUUUCAAUAGACUCUCCAAAACCCUUUUAUAUGACAAAGAAUACUAUUGUGGCCCAAGAUUCGCAAUCACAGUAGUUAUAUAUCGAGCCACAUUUAGAUGAAAGGCUUGUGAAAAUCUUGACAUGGGAAAAAGGGUCUUCUACCUAAAACCUCAAAAACCGAAUCACAUCCGUAAGGAACUAUUGGUGUUUACUAUGGAUCGAGAACAUCGCCAUUGCCCUCCAACUGUUUAAAAGAUCUCAAAAAAUGUGUGUGAUGAAUUGUAUAGUUUGAAAAUAUGUGGAAAAAAAAGAUGCAUGGAGUGUCUUUUGUUC